AUGGCCAUCCGGGACCGCUGGAACCGCAUGCGCUCGGCGGCAGCCACGUCCACCACAUACACAUCACCCUCGUCAUCGCCCGUGUCCUCGCCCGUGUCCGCCCCGACGUCGCCGGGCGUAUGGGGCACCAUCACGGGAUUCAACUGGUCGCCGUCGAGGACCACCACGGGUAGCAGCUCAAACGCUAGCACCGAGGCCGGCGGCACUAGCAGCGACGAACACCACCACCAGCAGCAGCAGCAGCAGCAGCAGCAGCAGCAGUCGCAACAACAGCGACAGUACCAGCAACAAUCGCCGCGGGCCAAAAUCACAUUCACUCUCCCCGCCAGGCCAAAGGCGCCAAAGAGCAGCAGCAGCAGCAGCAGCAGGCGGUUCAGGCCGCACCCGUCGGAGCGGCCGCUGACGGAGGAGAACCUGGCCUACCAGCAGGUGUUUGCCAACUACACCCUCACGUUUGGCAGCAGCCGCUGCUCGCUCGACGGCGACGUCAGCCCCUGCAGCUCGAGGCGGGGGAGCCUCGACAUGCCUCCUGUGUGA